CAGUACUUUGGCAGGAAAACAGCAUAUUACGAAAUGUUUAUAGCAAGGAACAGAUGGAAUAUAAUUACCCAUAACAGUUAAAUGACAUAUUUGUUAUUCAUUAUAGAAUAUGUCAAUUCAUGGAAUUGUAUUAACCUUACAGAUAUCGACUUUAGCCUGUGUAAACCGGUUACUUCUACAGAAUAUAAAGAUAGGUAAUUUCUAAAAAUAGAUGUUACGCUGACGAAACAAAAUUAUCUCCCUUUAUCAGUGUUAUGAUUUCGGAAAGCGCCCGGACAAACAUUCUGAGAAUCCCUGAGAUGGAUGUAUUCCCGACUAACGCCAUAUAUGGAAUUGUAUUACUUAAUAACAUCAACAAUGAGUCGAACAUGGCAGUCAUUUGUUUCCAAACGACGAAAUCCUUCAAAGCGUGGAAAGGAAUCGGCGUUGACAUUCUGGGUUGUGGACCACACUUGGCAGUCAGGACUAUUUGAUCAGUUCGAAAAAGUCUGCAAUACUGUGUUACAAGUAAAACCUACCAGGGUAUCUCCCCCUGAGAUGGUUUCUUAUUGUCAGACAAACCCAAUGCGUAUCAGCCGUUCGGAAUACCCUCUUGUAACUAGGAAUGUCGUUGGAGACGGCAACUGUUUUUUUCGGUGUAUAAGUUACCUGCUGUGUGGUUCCGAGGAGCUACACAUGGCUGUAAGGAACUGGGUUGUGUGCAAUAUAUCUUCGCGGGAUGUCGGGAUGUCAGUAGCUCGCUAUGUCCACAGUACCAGAAUGGACAGAAAAGGAGUAUGGGCAACUGACCACGAAAUUAUCGCCACAGCAAACAUUCUAAAUACUGAUAUCUUUGUGUUCUCUAAGUAUGCAAGCGACUGGAAAUGGAUGGAAUUCAGAUGUAAGCGAAGAAGACGACGACGAAAUAUCCCAAAAAGGUUUAACUGAUAGACACGUCCACAAGGUCGCGCUAGGAUCAUGAGGAUGCAAUAAUUCUGGAGGCUUCUUUGGUUUCUAUGGAAACUGGGAGAAUGACACAUAUAAUCAAACGGCUUACAUUCCAGU